UCUUUCAGUUUCCCGGUCCCCAGGGUGAGGAUGGUUUUCACGCAGCCCGGAGCUCUGCAGUCGGAAGCUCGCUCUGUGGGAAGAAGGCAUUUUGAUUCCUGUCGUUUUACAGCAUGGACACCAGAUUGCUGAAAACAUGCUUUGGGACUGCAAGUGAAUUUAUAUUUUGGGGGUUUACCACAAACGUCGUAGUUCCCUUUUUUUUCAGUUAAUAUUUUGGAGUUAAUGUCACAAUGAGUUCAGGCUUAUGGAACCAAGAGAAGGUUACUUCACCCUACUGGGAAGAGCGGAUGUUUUACUUGCUUCUCCAGGAGUACAGUGUUCCAGACAAACAAACGCAGAAGCUCCUCAAAGUACCCAAGGGGAGCAUAGGGCAGUAUGUCCAGGACCGCGCUGUGGGGCAUUCGAGGGUCCCUUCCGCCAAGGGCAAGAAAAGUCAGAUUGGAUUAAAAAUCCUAGAGCAGCCACAUGCAGUUCUCCUUGUUGAUGAAAAGGAUGUGGUGGAAAUAAAUGAAAAAUUCACAGAGCUACUUUUGGCAAUUACCAACGGUGAAGAGAGGUUAAGCCUGUUUAAAAACAGAAACAGACUAAGUAAAGGCCUCCACAUAGACGUGGGUUGCCCUGUGAAGGUCCAGCUGAGGCCGGGGGAGGAGAAGUUCCCUGGAGUUGUGCGCUUCAGGGGCCCCCUGCUAGCGGAGAGGACAGUGUCGGGAAUAUUCUUCGGAGUAGAAUUACUGGAAGAAGGUCGUUGCCAAGGCUUCACUGAUGGGGUCUAUCAAGGGAAGCAGCUUUUCCGGUGUGAUGAAGACUGUGGAGUAUUUGUUGCGCUGGACAAGCUGGAGCUAAUAGAGGAGGAUGACAAUGGACUGCAAAGUGACUAUGCAGGUCCAGGGGACACAGUGCAGGUCGAACUGCCCCCGCUGGAAAUAAACUCUAGAGUUUCUCUGAAGCUCGGAGAAACUAUAGAAUCUGGAACGGUUAUAUUCUGUGACCUUUUGCCAGGAAAAGAAAGCUUAGGAUAUUUUGUUGGUGUGGACAUGGAUAAUCCGAUUGGCAACUGGGACGGCAGGUUAGAUGGCGUUCAGCUCUGCAGUUUUGCAAGUGUCGAAAGCACAGUUCUCUUGCACAUCAAUGACAUCAUCCCAGAUAGCGUGACACAGGAGAGGAGGCCUCCCAAACUUGCCUUUGCGUCGAGAGGUGUUGGGGACAAAGGCUUAUCCAGUCACAGUAAACCAAAGGUUACAGGAUCUACCUCAGACCCUGGAAGUAGAAACAGAUCUGAAUUAUUUUAUACCCUAAAUGGGUCUUCUGUUGACUCACAACCGCAGCCCAAAUCGAAAAGCACAUGGUACAGUGAUGAAGUUGCCGAAGAUUCUGCAAAGUCGCUUACAGAGCUGUCUCCAGAGUUGGGACGAGACUCGCCACCGCUGCAGCCUCCCUCCAUGAACUCACUAUCCAGCGAGAACAGAUUCCACUCUUUGCCAUUCAGCUUGACAAAGAUGCCCAACACCAACGGGAGCAUUGGGCACAGCCCGCUCUCUCUGUCCGUGCAGUCUGUGAUGGGCGAGCUGAACAGCGCCCCCGUCCAGGACAGCACGCCUGUGUCCGCAUCUCCGGGGAGCGCCCACGGUCUGGAGGUGGGCUCAUUGGCGGAAGUGAAAGAGAACCCACCUUUCUAUGGGGUGAUCCGCUGGAUCGGGCAGCCACCGGGACUCAACGAAGUUCUCGCUGGGCUGGAACUGGAAGACGAAUGUGCGGGCUGCACGGACGGGACCUUCCGGGGCACCCGGUACUUCACCUGUGCCCUGAAGAAGGCGCUCUUUGUCAAGCUGAAGAGCUGCAGGCCCGACUCGAGGUUCGCAUCCCUGCAGCCGGUCUCCAAUCAGAUUGAGCGCUGCAACUCCCUAGCCUUUGGAGGCUACUUAAGUGAAGUAGUGGAAGAAAAUACUCCACCGAAAAUGGAAAAGGAAGGUUUGGAGAUAAUGAUUGGAAAGAAGAAAGGCAUCCAAGGGCAUUAUAAUUCUUGUUACUUAGACUCGACCUUAUUCUGCUUGUUUGCCUUUAGCUCCGUCCUGGACACGGUGCUGCUUAGACCCAAGGAGAAGGACGACGUGGAGUAUUACAGCGAAACCCAGGAGCUCCUGCGCACGGAGAUCGUGAACCCGCUCAGGAUAUAUGGAUAUGUGUGUGCAACAAAGAUUAUGAAACUGAGGAAAAUACUUGAAAAAGUUGAGGCUGCAUCAGGAUUUACCUCUGAGGAGAAAGAUCCUGAAGAAUUCUUGAAUAUCUUGUUUCAUCAUAUUUUAAGGGUAGAACCAUUGUUAAAAAUAAGGUCAGCAGGUCAAAAAGUACAAGAUUGUUACUUCUAUCAAAUUUUUAUGGAAAAAAAUGAGAAAGUUGGAGUUCCUACAAUUCAGCAGUUGUUAGAAUGGUCUUUUAUCAACAGUAACCUGAAGUUUGCAGAGGCACCAUCCUGUCUGAUUAUUCAGAUGCCUCGGUUUGGAAAAGACUUUAAACUAUUUAAGAAAAUCUUUCCUUCUCUGGAAUUAAAUAUAACAGAUUUACUUGAAGACACCCCCCGGCAGUGCCGCAUCUGUGGAGGGCUGGCCAUGUAUGAGUGCAGAGAGUGCUACGAGGACCCCGACAUCUCGGCCGGGAGCAUCAAGCAGUUCUGCAAGACCUGCAACACUCAGGUCCACCUUCAUCCCAAGAGACUGAACCAUAAGUAUAACCCGGUAUCCCUGCCCAAAGACCUGCCCGACUGGGACUGGAGGCACGGCUGCAUCCCCUGCCAGAAGAUGGAGCUGUUCGCCGUCCUCUGCAUAGAGACCAGCCACUACGUGGCCUUCGUGAAGUACGGCAAGGACGACUCCGCCUGGCUGUUCUUCGACAGCAUGGCCGACCGGGACGGCGGUCAGAACGGCUUCAACAUCCCCCAGGUGACCCCGUGCCCAGAAGUCCGGGAGUACCUGAAGAUGUCCCCAGAGGACCUGCACUCCUUGGACUCCCGGCGGAUCCAGGGCUGUGCACGCAGGCUGCUGUGCGAUGCGUACAUGUGCAUGUACCAGAGCCCCACGAUGAGCCUGUACAAGUAGGGGUGCCAGGCAGGUGCGAGGCUGCGGUGGGCGUGUCGCUCCCCCCUGCCGGCGCAUCGCUCAGCGCCCACUGCCGGCAGUGCUGUCCUCGUGGGGAUGACCUUUCAGAAAAGAAUUCCUGUGUUUAAAACAAAUUGCUUUUGUGUUACCGGAGUAUUUAAUAAGAAGCAUUUUGCACUCUAGAAAGUAUGUUUGUGUUGGUUUUUUAAGAAGUCUAAAUGAAGUUAUUAAUAACUGAAGCUUGAAGUUAGGUGCGUUGCUCAUAUGAUAUUUUUGGAAGCAUACAAUUUUAAUUGUGACAGUUUCAAACCUCUUCUAGUCCAUUGAGAAUGUAAAUAAAUGUGUCUUCUUUAUGGACCAAGGAUAUGAAAUCAUCUUUCCUUUGUAGCUAAUGGUUGCCCUGAGGAAGAAACACUUUGGUUUAAUUAAGAGACCACUUUCAGUGCAGUUAUUAAAGUUGUGCUGAGCUGA